AUGCCCCAACGUCACAUUGUGCAGAUGUCUACCAGCCAUGCCAGCUACAGCGUCUGUGUGUUGGGUACCGAGGUCUUCCUCGACACGCGCCGAUCUACCCCCAAAGGUGCCACGUCAUUUGAUGUCCAUGCCACCUCCGCGGUUAUGGUCCACAUCAUCCACAGUCCCAUAACAAAACCCAUGUUUAACUCCAGAUGGCCUCUGGAUCCUGAUAUAGAGGUUGUAGUGACUGUUGAUGUCACCAGCAGGACCGUCAAUGACAAUAAGGUUAAGAUUUCAUACUAUGGACGGGAAGGCAAUGAGCUUUCGGUGGCUUGGUUGUACCUCACUUGCGUAGAUAUAUCCCUGGACGUGGACUUGAACCGUAAUGGCAGAGUGAAGAGCAAAGGGAAGGACAAGGCCAAGUGGACAUGGGGUCCGGAUGGGCAAGGUGCUGUGCUGCUGGUCAACUGCGACCGGGACAGCCCCAGUGCGGGGGUCACAGACAGUGGUCAGGUGGACAUACGGACCACAGCAGACCUUCAGGACAUGUCCGUCAUGCUGCUGCGGACUCAAGGUCCCAGCGCUAUCUUUGCUGAGUACCAGGUGGUCCUGCACAUCUCCGAGUCGGAUGCGGAUAAAGUGCGGGUUUUCCAUGCUAUCCGGAGUGACUCAUACACCCACUACAAACCCGUGUUGGGGCCGAACAAGCUUUCCUAUGUGCUGGACCACAUCGGCAGUGGAGAAAAUACCUUCUACGUUGAAGGGUUGGCUUUUCCUGAUGUGGGCUUCUCCGGGUUGGUUUCCUUCAGUGCCAGCUUGCUGGAGGUCCCCCAUAAGAAUGCGCCAGGCACCCCAAUUUUCACGGAUACGGUGGUUUUCCGCGUGGCGCCCUGGAUAAUGACACCCAACACCCAGCAGCCUGUGGAGGUUUUUGUCUGCAGCAUCCAGCGGGGCUCGGAGCCCAACGAAGUCUUUCUGCAAGGCCUCCAGGUCCGGCUGAAGAAAGCCAACUGCAAGCUGACCAUCUGCUCAGAGGUGGACACCCGCAGUGACCGCUGGAUCCAGGACGAGCUGGAGUUUGGCUAUGUGGAAGCGCCGCACAAGACCUUCCCUGUCGUCUUUGACUCGCCCAGGAACAGAGGCUUGAAGGAUUUUGCUUUUAAAAAGAUCCUGGGCCCCGAUUUUGGCUAUGUGACCCGCGAGCCCCCUGGGAAAGCCAUCACCAGCCUUGACUCCUUCGGCAACCUGGACGUCAGCCCACCGGUGACGGUGCGAGGGAAGGAGUAUCCCCUGGGCCGGAUCCUGAUCGGCAGCCCCCUGCCUUGGACGGGUUUCCGGCUCCUCUUGGCCAGCCCCAACGCCUGCUACAAGCUCUUCAAGGAGAAACAGAAGCAGGGCCAUGGCGAAGCCACGCAGUUCGUCGGGCUGCAGGGCACUGAGAGGAGAAGCAUUGACGACAUCCUGGCAGAUGAGUCAUUGAAGAGUGACAACAGGCAUGUCCAGCGCUGCAUCGACUGGAACCGUGACCUCCUGAAGCAGGAGCUGGGCCUGAACGAGCAGGACAUCAUCGACAUCCCCCAGCUCUUCAUCCUGAAGGGAUCCCGUGCAGAUGCCUUCUUCCCGGACAUGGUGAACAUGCUGGUGCUGGGCAGGCACCUGGGCAUCCCCAAGCCCUUCGGACCACGGGUGGGUGGGCAGUGCUGCCUGGAGGAGCGGGUGCGGGCGCUGCUGGAGCCCCUGGGCCUCACCUGCACCUUCAUCGACGACUACUUCUCCUACCACGUCCUCUCUGGCGAUGUCCACUGCGGCACCAACGUCCGCCGUAAGCCCUUCACCUUCAAAUGGUGGCACAUGGUGCCCUGA